UCUCCUACUCCAGCCACCAAAAUGGAAGAAAAUGCCAACACCAGCUUCGAAGAAGAUUUUGAAGGACAGGCGACACACACAGGGCCCAAAGGUGUGAUCAAUGACUGGAGGAAGUUUAAAUUAGAAAGUGAAGAUAGAGACUCCUUAUCCUUGAGCAAGAAAGAAAUUCUUAGACAAAUGUCUUCACCACACAGAUCUUUCAGUAAAGACGAUAAAGACACCAGAGAGAGAUUCUGCCGUAAGAUGAGCAUGCAGGAGUAUGAAUUAAUUCAUGAUGAGCAAGAAGAUGAAAGUUGCCUACAAAAAUACCGCAAGCGCUGCAUGCAGGAUAUGCACCAGAGGCUGAGUUUUGGGCCAAAAUACGGUUACCUGUGUGAGCUGCAGAACGGGGAACAGUUCCUGGAAGCCAUCGAGAAAGAACGUAAAACUACCACCGUCAUCGUCCACAUUUACGAAGACGGCAUCAAGGGCUGCGAUGCUCUUAACAACAGCUUGACCUGCCUGGCGGCUGAGUACGCCACUGUGAAGUUCUGCAAGAUCAAGGCCUCCGACACAGGGGCUGGAGACCGCUUCUCAAACGAAGUGCUUCCCACUCUACUUGUCUAUAAGGGUGGGGAGCUUCUGAGCAAUUUCAUUAGCAUUUCUGAACAAUUCAAUGAGGAGUUUUUUGCUGUGGAUGUGGAGUCUUUCCUAAAUGAGUAUGGGCUGCUACCUGAACGGGAGCUUCCAGGACUGGGAAAUGGCAACACGGAUGAGCAAGAUGUUGAAUAA